UUCAAAAUGGCGGCUGUCGUGUAUUCAGACGAGGUGGAUGUCUUCAAAAUACCUCACAUUCGCAUGAAACAGAUAGUCUGCGAAGCCACAGAAAAGAUCUCUACAACCAAUUUUCAAGACAACAGUUCAUUGUAUGGUCUUUUAUCACGGUUUAAUAACAUCUUCCAAGAACUCAAGCAUCAUGAAGAAGUAGAAAACAAAUGCAUUAUGGGAAAGCUCCAGCUGCGGCUCACGAAUGAUCAAAUCGCAGCCAUAGUCAAAGACAUUCAUAAACACAGUCAUGUGCGGGAGAUUUUGUUCCUGAUCAAAAGAGGAUUUAAAACUGCUAAACGAAAAAAGACACUGUUAAACGUACUCAAUUAUGAAAGCAAGCUCCGAAGAGCUGUGAAUGAGUUUGAGAAAGAUUUCUUUCCACACAUGAGGCAUGAGGAGGAAGUGUUCCAGCCAUUGUUAAUGGAACACUUCUCUUAUGAGGAGCUCAAAAUUAUCAAAGAAAAAGUGGUCAACUUGCAUGUUGCUUUUUCUGAGAGCCAUUCUUCAGCUCUUUCCCAUGAAACAGAUAACAACAAUUUUUGUUCUGAGUAUGAGUGGAGUUCUUCGGACAGUGAAAGUGGAGAUAAUGAAACGCUUGUGGAUGUCGCACAGACACCUGAAAGACCACUUGCCGUACCAUGUUCAUCACAAAAAACUAAAACGCAACUCAAAUCCCAACCCAUAUUAUUAAAAUUUCCCCCAGAAGUGACAUUAAAGAUAUUCUCGUAUCUGAACCCUAAAGACUUGUGCCGUGCUGCCCAGGUCAGUAAAAGCUGGUCAACGUUAGCCAGAGAUGGGCAGUUGUGGAAAGAGUUGUAUCCUGUCCGGUGGAUCUUCCAGAAUGAUUGGAGAUUUGGUGUUGUGAAUGAGGAAGAUCCUUGUGAUUGUAAUUGUCCAGGAUCAUUUGGGACAUUGGAGGAAGACAUUGAAAGAUUACUGCAAUUAAGAAGUUCAUAUGCAGAUGUAGAUGCAGAUGUAGAUGAAUCCUAUGACAGUGAUGAAGAUACAGAUGGCACAAGCAGGACACGUACCAUGAGAUCUCAGUUAGGGAGAAUGCUGGACAUGGCCAAGAAUUUACUUCCAUAUGUCGGCAAGAAUGUCCAAGUAUUAAGUCUUGGUUGUUGCCCCUUACUUAGCAAUGGGCUGGUGUUCAAGAUUUUGUCCCUGUGUCCAAAAUUGGAACAUCUGAAUCUUGCUCAGACGACUGUCACAGACUCUGGAAUUAAAGGUUUGUUUCGUAAAGGUGGAGGCUCCAAGCUAAAAGUCCUUGACCUUUCUGGCUGUAAGCUGUUAACAGACAAAACUCUCAACAAACUUUCCUCAUCUCUUGGACAGUACACGUCAAAGACUGACAUCGAAGAAGGAGUACAUGAGUAUACUUUGACAUGUGGUUGUAUGGCAGAUUACUAUCCUUCCAACAUUUCUAGGUGUUCGCUGCAGUUUCUUAGUUUGUCUGGGUGCUAUCAAAUCACUGAUGCUGGCCUAAUGUCUCUGGCAAGCUUUGGUGGCUUACCAAACCUUCAGUACCUGGACUUAUCAGGCUGCCUCAACGUGACGGCUGAAGGUCUGCUAAAUCUAGUGUCCGUGUGUCCCUCAUUAGACCAUGCGCAGUUCUUUUACUGUGACAAUAUUUAUGAGGGGCCAUAUCCAGACACAGCCAGUGGGUGCCAAAACCUGGAGUGUACAAACAGAGUGUGCUGCCGACUGGCAGAAUAAUACCAGUGUUGUUUCCAUGGUAACCAUAGUUUAAAUGUAAUUCUGAACAUAUAGUCAUUUUGCACUAUUACAAAUGUUGUUUUUCCCAAAUGUGACCCUCCCCCCAUUAAACCAAGCAAUUGCCCUAUUUCAUUGAAAGCCGCAUGAAAAUAAUCUCAUAUUUUAGUUAAUGAAAAAAAUCAUUGUUAAGGAUGACAAAAUAGCAACAACACAAAGAAAUCUACUGCACUUUAUCAAUUCUAUAAUCUGCAUCUGAAUUCCCCCUAGUAAAUUAAUAUUAAUUUACAUAUACUCAAAAUAUUAAUAGCAAGGCUAACAAUUAGAUACAAAGAAAUCACCAUUUUCCUCGAUGGAAUUUGUGGCCUUUCUUUUGUAUUUCCAUGUUAGCCUCGCAUUCAAGACAAUUUUAAGAAGGGUGCUUUAUAGUCACCAAUGAAAAGCGUUUUCCACAAAUGGCAUCACAAUUAUGCAUCACUGAAUUGAAAUGCAGGCAGUCCAAAAAAUUAAGGGCAAAGUGAUGCUAAUUUGUUACACUUAUGUUUUGUUGUUUCCAGUUUGUGGAAAUAUGGUUUUUCGACUAAAUAUUAAUUUUCUUUUUUUUGUAACCGAAGCCUUUGUUUGUCCGCGAGUCUAUCCUAGACAAGGCUUGCGCUAUCUAUUUUAAGUGACCAUGGAAAACAUAAUUCAAUAGACCAUGGGAUAUGUAAUUAAAUAAUAUGCGGCUAUUAACUCUGGAAUUGUGUUUAUAGUACAUAAUUUUUGGAUUUCAUACUGAUUCAAAGUUAAAAGGAAUCUUUCAAUAAAGGUUUUGCACCACCACGUGACAGCAGCCAUGUCACAUGGCAGGAACAAUACAAUCGUUUUACAUGAGAAAGAAUUCAAUCCCAAUAGCAAAGGGAUUGUAUUGUUCUGCCAUCUAACCACAGGCAGCCCAAGCUGUAUUAGGGGUGUGACCACGUGAUGGUGCAAAACCUCUAUUCUCUUCUUUUGCGUGCCCCAUGGUGCUUUGUCCACUGGGAGGGUAACCAAUCAAAACACUGUACCAAAAUGAAACGUUCUUCGAUUGAAUAUUAACUAUACCUGCUUUUAUCUGUAUAAUAGGGAUUAGCAGUUCAUUUUGAGUUAAUUUUGUGUGUUCAGAACAUCAAACUAUCUUUUGGUGUUACAGAAAUUGUAUUAACUUACGAAGAAAUAUUUAAAAUAUACUUUGAACUCGUUCAAGAUUCUAUUUCUUUUUUCAUUUUAUAUUUGGAUAUCAAACAAGGUAUUUUCAACAUUGCCUGAACAGCCUUUAGCAAAAUAAGUGCAACUAGGCCGCAAAGGUAUGCAAAAGAAGAGAAUACUUAUAAUUUGCAUAGCGUUGGUACAUUGUUAGAGUGAUACCAAAUUUGGGUUUUAUACAUUUAAAUUAUUAGCCAAUCAAAUACUUGUUAAAUAUAGAGUUAUAUGCUAAGUAUGUACAUAUGAACUGAUAAAAGGACAAUUGAAUACAGGUUAUUUUCAGAUUAAGUUGUAAGAAAAUAUUAUAUCUAAAUAAAAUAUAGACUGUUCGAAUAUAGAUUAAA